UCUAUUUUUGUGUAUAAAGUGUUAGUGUUUUACAAAAAAAAGUGUAUUGGGGUCUGAUGAAUUAGAUCAUUAACAAAAAAAAUAUAUUACACCGUCUUCUAGACCAAUUUGAGCAAAAUUGAAGCAUUGGGACUGUAGUGGACUCUGAUUUGUGAUUGGUUUUGCUUAGGGAUAAUGUUCUGGUUAACAAUCAUAUAUGUCGACCGCAUCCACCAAACUUGUUGCUGACCUCAAUAUUUAUUUUUAUCGUUCCUAAUUCAUAUUGAGAUUGUUCUAUUGGUUAGAAUAUGAUUUUGUGAUAACAGUAUCUACUAUUUUUAUUCAUCAAAAUGCAAAACUUUACCGUCUGAAAUCAUUCAAAAUAAACCAAUUGACAUUGUUCUUAAUCGAAAAGUUAAGACGACGUAGCUAGCUAUUGUUCACAAGCUUUUUUCGAAGGUCUAUUUUUAAAAAGAAGAUCUAUUCUUUAAGAUAUUGUACAGAAAAUAUUAAAUUUAAAGAGAAUUUUAUUCCCAAAUUUUAUUCUUGAAUAGAAAGAAGACUAAUUAUCAUCACAUGAAACCCCAAUGGCUGAGCAAGAUCGCUUAUGGUCAAAAUUCUCUUAUCAAGAAUAAGCUGUGGGUGCUCUUUAGUCUUUAUGAGCGUACUUUUGACCCCUGCAUGAUUAUUGGAGACAUAAGUUUGUGAAACAUAAGUUUGUGAAAGGCAUUGAACAAAUAUGUGUUCUUCAGUCUUACGGACACUUCUCAACCGCUUGUUAAAAUGAUUUACAACCACCAACAAUUAAAUUAAAGGCUUAGUAUAAUGACUACCAUGUACUCAAGUUCUGCUUGAUCCAACAAAUGGAAAGCAUUUUAGUGAAUAUAAAAGAAUUGACGUUUUAUGCAUCUCAGAUUACUCAUUUCUUUCAAAACGAAAAAGAACCACAUUUUAAUACAAAACAAAUAUUAAAACCAACUAAAAAACAUAACAAAGUGUUGGUAGUAUAGUAUAAAGUGAGUUGAUUUUGUGUCCCAAGUUUAAACCACCUUUGUGUCCUAAGUUUAAACCACCUUUAAUAUUAUAAAUGAAAAGAUUACUAAUCCAAAUUUCUAGAAACUAAAUUUACAUAUAACAUAAGUCGUGGAUAUAAGAUCUAGAACUUUCACUGUUAUAUAAAAAACAUAACACAUCUUAUAUCUGAAAGUAGGGCUGGGCAUUCGGGUAUCCAUUUGGGUUCGGUACAGAUCUACUCGAGUUUUGGAUUUUCAGGGUCAAAAAUUUCAGUCCCAUUCAGGUAUUUUUAAAUUUCGGUUCAGGUUCGGUUUGAAUCUUUGUGGGUUUGGUUCGAGUCCGGAUAACUCAUUUAAAUGAUUUUAAAAUUUUUUAAAAUUAUUAUAUACUUUAAAUUUCUCAAAAUCUAUAAAUAAAAUAAUAUAUUGCGUAUAAAUUUGAAUAACAUAUGUCAAAAUACCUAAACUUAACAUAUAAAUUGGUUUGGUUUGAAUAUUUUGAUAGAGAAUCAAUAGAUAUUUUAAGUAUAUUUUAGCUAUUUUAGACAUUUACUUUUGACUAUUUGUAUAUAUUUUCAAAUAUUUUAGACAACUUAAAAGUAUCUUAUAUAUUAUGGAUGGUUUUUUAAUAUAUAUUAAAUCUAAAAAUAAUUAAUAUAUUUAGGUAUAUAAAUCUAUUUUAGGAUACAUUCGGGUAUCCGAAAUAUCUCGGUUCACAUCGGAUUCGGUUCCGGUUCUCUAGAUACCAAAAUUUUGAAGCCCUUUAGAUAUUUAAUCAAUUUCAGUUCGGAUUCGUUACUAAUUUUUUGGAUUCGAUUCCGGUUCUUCGAAUUCGAUUUUUUUUUGCCCAACCAAUCUGUUUGAUCUUCCUUUUACUUUGUAAAUUCUUUCUAAAAAAAAAAAAAACUGAAACUCAUACAAUCCCAAACACCAAAAACCGGAUUCAACAUCCGCUUGAACAAUCACUAUACCAUUUUUUGAUUAAACAAAAUCCUUAUUAAUUAAAUAAUGGAGAUGUUGAUGACAAUCUUCCAUCCCUUGCAAAAUCAAGUCAUGUUAAUGGAAGAACUCCCAAACUGCAACAACAGCAUUUUGUAAUUUAUCAAUAUAAUGAAAUUACAAUAAUAUCUUCAAAAUAAAUUUAUUUUAAGAAAUAAGUGCAUAAUUCAUUAAGAAUAAAUUAGAGCAUAAAGGCCAACCUUAAUUAUCCUAAGGCAUCUCCUUUCUUUUAAAGAUUCAAUGCCGAUGGGAACAUAAGUUUAGUGCUUCUUGUAGAUUUAGAUAUUUAUAAUAUCUGAGUUGUAUUUUCUCCUUUUCUUGCUUCCUUUAAAUUUUUAUUUAUUAUCUUCCACACACAUGACACAUCGCAUUUGCAAACAUAUGAUGCAAUAAGCUUCGGAUUAAAUUACGAUACCAUUGACUCAUGUGCUUAAUGAUUUGUUCGAGCGUCUAACAUACACUCAUGCGGAUUUGAAUAUGUUAAAGUCACUGAUUUAUGCUUCUCUGAAUCGAAAAUAGUUUCUACUUGUAUGUGGUAGCUGCAGGACCUAAAAUUUGUUCGGAUCUCCAUCCAAAUAAUUUAAUUGUUUUCUUUUAAUAUUCUAAGAUCCAUAUAUUCGAAAAACAUAAUUGGUUCGAAUUUCCAAUAGUACUACUUUAGUUUAUCACAUAUUAUAUUAAUGCAUAUGUUAAAGUUAUAUCAAGAAAAUCACUGUCGCAGAUCGCAUUGUACAUAAGCUAGUUACAUAGUUAAUUAAAAAGCAUGCACUAGGAUACAUAAUAUACAAAUAAAUACAUGAAAUUUAGGGAGUGGAGAAUCAAAAGAAGCUUUAUUCCCCCUACAAGACAAAAGAAAUGAACCAUGUGUCAAUCAUAGAUACGAUCUUGAGAGCCAAUGAGCUCAAAGAUGCGAGGCAAAAGAAACAACAGAUCGAACACACACUUUCUGUGUUUUGCCUUUGAUGCAUUUUGAUUUGACAAAGAUUCUUGAUCUUUCACCAUUAUUGCUUACUUAACCUGACCCAUCUAUCCAUCACCUCUUCGUAAGGACACGUGCCCUUUAUCCUCUUUCUUAGAAACAUAUUACUAUCAACAAAUUGAAACCGAAAAGUUUCAGGUAGUUAGAGCAUGAUUAUGCAUGUCUUUUAGAAUGAAGUUUAUAUCGUAAUAUAAGAAACGUCUCUUAAAUUUUAAUUAAGAAAAACUAAGAAACGUCUCUUAUAUCUCUUAUUUAAGAAAUAUUUCUUAAUUUUUCUUAGUUAAAAGCUAAAAGACGUUUCUUAUAUUACGCUAAGAACCUUACCUUAAGAGAUCCGCAUUAAUCAUGCUCUUAGAGCAUCGUUACUGGUAUAGUCUCUUUAGAGAGUCUCUUAGCCAUUUAAUAAUAAUUUUGUUUUAUUAUGUAGUUAAAAUUAAAUAAAUGAAAAACAAAGCCAUUAAGAAAGUUACACUUGAGACAUGAAUCUUUUCCCAUUAGAUUGAAAUCUUUACAAGAAGCUACGUUCCUCAUCUUUUUUUGUCUCUCUCUUCUUUUUACAAAAUAUUAAUAUUAUUUAUAUGUGAGAGACUCAGCAAAAAAUCAUCAAUGCUGGUGCUCUUAUAUAAGUCCAAAUAUCUGAGAUCUGAAAAACCUGGAUUUAAUGGAAACCGACCCUAAUCCGAAAGACGCGAAAACCUAGACCUAGUCUAAAAGAUGAUUAUUUGAAUAUAUCACCACUAAGUUAUCAUAUGUUUAGUUAUGGAUUCUCUAAAAUGAUAUUAAAAUAAUUAAUGGGAAUAUACUCUUAAUUACAUUUGCUAAAUAAAUUAAGUUUCUAAAGACAUUUAGGUUAGUUCAUAGGAGAACGAUUAUGCAUUCCAAAAACAAGACUGUUAUGUGCAGUACAAUUUGUUUGGAUGAAAGGAUGGAUGAAUGUCUGGUUCGAAGGUGACAACAAAUGUUAACUUUGGUGAUUAAUAAGAAGGAUGAAAAUCUGAAUCUGGGCAAUCUAGUGUAUAAUAUAUCACACUGGGUAUGUCUACAACAAAUGUCUACUAUGUGGCCUGCAGACAUUGUGAUUUCAAGUUUACAGCUCUAAUGAGCUCAUGUGAUCGGAACGAAUUCAGAUGUUGCAAGCAUGAGCGGUGAUUGUUGUGAGGACAUCUUUCUUGUAGACCAUGGAUUUUACCGGUUCUCAACCAUGGUAUAUAAAUGUUUUAGAAUCUUUUUAUUAUGUUUUAAAAUCUUUUUAGUGUCUUUACAGGUUUAUGUAUGUUUUAGAGCAAUGAGGUAAUUAUGGAGCAUUUUGGAGAUAAAGACAGAAGAAACUCGUAUCUGUUCACUGAAACAGCCAGAGUCGGUAUUCAGAGUCAACCGUCGAUCGUAACACCACAUGUCAAUGAUCGACAGCGACGCGCAAGAAAGGGCCGACUUGUUCAAGGCCAACUUGAAGCCUAAGUUCCACAUAACUACAAAACUAUCACUGGCCAAAUUUAACCUUAUAUUUAUGUACUCUGCCAUUGUAUUGUGCAACACACGCUUUCUUAUUUUCUAUUAUUCACAGCAUAAGGUUCUUAGAGUUUUUAAUAGUUUGGAGAGAAGAUCUAAGACUCCUUUAGAUCUUUGUAUUGGAACUCCAGUUUUUCUACCUUAUUCUAUUUAUGCAUUUUAUUCAGAUAUUUGCUAUGUUCUGUUUGGCUAUGUCUGAGUAGUUUUCUCUGUUAGAUUUAGAGUUAUUAGGGUUAUGAAUGAUUAACCAAUACUAUAGAAUUGAUAAGGUGAUAAUUAAACAACCUUCAAAGAAUUUCUAUUAAUGCAUGUGUUCUAAAGUAGCUAACUAGAACUUCUCUUGAGAUAGAAUUACUAGAAACAAGCGACAACUGAUUUAGUUAAGACUAGUGAACAUAUCGAUCAACUUUCUAACUCUUGUCUAAGGUAGCAUCGAUCGAUGCUAACUUAGUAGCAUCGUCGAGUUAGCAUCGGUCGACGCUCGAUCCGUGUCAACAAGCGACAUCUGAGAUACUAGACUUAGUCAACAUAUUUGAUUCGCAGCGGAAGCUAGACAUCUUAUAAAUUAGACAUCAGGUUCUAAGAUUGUCAUCUGCAUACCUUAAGCAUUCUAUAUCAUUAUAAUCAUGAUUACUUGAACUCUAGAUCUAGCUUUUUUCUUUUAUUGUUUACAACCUCAAUCAAUUGAACAACUGCUUGUUCAUCCUGCUUUAAUUUAUUUACUUGUUUAUAAUUUACUGCCUAGCUUAAUCAUUGACUACUUUAGAUCUAUUGUAUGCCAUCGCUUCUUCUGAAUUUGAUCCUUAAGUACUGCAACUGAACAUCUUAUUUGAGAGAGUAAAAAUUCGCUCUAGGAUAAUUUGAGUGAUAUCACUUUUCUUAAAGAUAAUAAGGCUUCAACCAUAAAGAAUGAAGACACAUCAAAACAGCCUAAGGAACCCAUGAUAGUAUGAUAUUGAUUAUCACCAAUCAUAAUCCACCCUAAACCAUCAACCGUUGAAAUUCAGGACCAAGUUGCGUCUGAGUUGCAUGUUAUCAUAUUUGGCAGAAAAGGUGGAGAGAGCAGAAGAAGGCGAGCCACAUAUAGAGGUGGGUGAUCUGACAUCUGUGGUCGAUGGUGGAUCUUUACCCCUCGGUCGCCACCCCAAAAUUGCUCCUUUGUCUAGCCUCCUUCCCUGUCAAGCUCUGGCCUCCCCACCUCUUCUUUGCUUCAUCUACAAUGGUUCUUCGUCUGGAUAGCCGCUGGAUCCAAUAAACCAAAUCGAUUUAUGGGUGUGUACUCAGCUUCCCAAGAGUGACGGCAAGGUCAUAGAUGGUCGGAUCUUAGUAGGAGGUGUCGUCUUAAUAGUAGAUAUAGGCUUUGUCUUUAGCUAGAUAUGGAUCAAAAAAAUCCAGAGGGUUUGUUAGAGUGGCAUAGCGUUAUUGCCUUCGCUCCACUGGUCAGCUCACUGCCUCCACUAUCUUCCCAUGUCUCCUUCUUCGACUGCUCAUUCAAGAACUUCCCAUCUUGUUCUGCUGGUCCAAUAUGAAAAGGUGUUAUUAAGGCUUUUUCUGGAGACUUAUUUUUCUUUCUGAUUUUGCAACAGCCACCAUGGCGUUUGUUAGGUUUGGAUAUGUUUGGUGGUUCAAGAUUGCUCAGGGUUUCGUGUUGUUACUCUGCUUUGUCUUCCUUCCACAUGAUGGCUCUUUUCACCUUUUUGUCUUGUUGGUGAGAGCCUCCAGCUCCUUCGCAUUUUAUUGUUCCAUAAGGAAGUUGACCGUCAGAAUUUUACCUUUCUCUAUGCUCUGCAUCCGGAAUUUUUAGUGCUUUACUUGUGUGAUAGGACUGGAUCUGAGUCUUUAAAAUCUCCGCUUCCAUCUACCAGUGCUUCAUCGGUGCCUCAACUGUUGGCUUCUUAACGUCGGUUUGGAUUCUCAGGGAGACGGUUCGUUGUCUAUUGGAAUGAGCAACAUCAACAUUAGACUUCACCCAGUGUGAUGGCCAGGCCAGGAUUUUUGUCAACCCUAGUUUGAAUGUUACCGUUUCAUAGUCGCUUUUGGGAUGGUCUUUGGUGUCUCAUAAUAUUUUUCGGUUGUUUCUCUAAUGAUCUAUGUUCUUGUUGCAGGUUCCGAUAACAAGUCAAACCAAUGGUUUACUGCACUUGAAUGGUUUUUCUUGAAGUAUUAUCACUAAGUUAAAUAAUAUCCUUAGGAUUGUGAUUGAAUCUUCUUUGUUUUAAAGUCUUUUUAGCUUCUUUUCUGGAUUCUUUGACAUAUGCUUUGAUUAGCUAUUUAGAUACACUAGGAUUUGAUUUUAUCAAAAAUGAUUGUAUCUCUUUGUGUUGUUAUUUGGUUAAUGAAAAAUCAAGUUCUUAUAAAAAAACAUUGGUCUUAAUUGAGCUUAACGGAAAGUUCGUUCUUCAGUCUGUAAAGAUCAACUAAACGUCUAAUGUAUAGUAGUAGAGGUAUAUCUUUGUAACGUUAUUUUCAGACUUUUCAGUACAAAUUGGUGCAUUUUUAUUCAUGUUCAGCAAACAUAAUCCCAUAUUCCAAGAAGAAAAGUGAGUUGAAAACCGCGUACCGAGGAAAAGAAUAAGAUUCAGGAGUUUUUGCCAAGUAGAUAAAGGGCAGGCCAAGAAUCAUUUAGAAAUGAUAAAUUAUGCAUAACAAGAAAAGGCUGCAUCGGAACCUAACAUGGGCAGGUCAUUGGUUCUCCACCACGAAAUUCACACGAUAUCCUAUUUAAAUAUUGACUAAUUAUGCUUCUUGCUUAAUGAACAUCACUUAAUUUUCUAUGAUGGUUUUUUUACUGAAAAAGGUUAAGAAUUAGUAUUCAUUAAAUGGGUUUAAAUGGGUUAAGAUAAAAUAACUAGGUAUUUUGUCCGCGAUGUGGGCUUAAACAUUUUCAUAAUUUUUGAAAAGUUCUUUGUACACUAUAUUUAUUAUACUAAAUUAAAUCUUAAAAUAACUUAAUAUUAUAUUUUUAAUUAUAUAAUUAAAAAAUAUUAUUCGAAACCGGAUGAAAACCCUAGCACUGACUCCUAGACCUGCCACGCCAGAGCUGUCACUACCGCGAGAAAUAAACCACUAUGAAUAGACUGUAUUCUGAUCGCCCCACUAAGGUGACAUCACCUGGAGAGAAAACGCCUCACCAUAGAUGGAUUAUGUGGGGUAUUAGUUGAACCAACGUAGAGAAACCCUAAAAGUGAAGGCUUUGAUUGGUGACAUGAAUUAAUUUUAAUUAAGUUUGAGUUAGUCUUGUAAUUCAAAAAUGUUAUAAUCAAUAAUCAAAUUUAAUUUUCUGAUAUUAAGUUUGAUUUAAGAUGUGUUAUAGUUUUUUUGUUUUUUUGUUUUUUUAGGAUAUCUUAUAGUUGAGUUACACCUUUAACUUAGACCCUUAAUAAAAUUGUUAAUUCAACACUUAAACUUACAUCAACCAAAAUUUCAUGUUUUAGAAGUUGAGUUACAAAUUUGAUUGUUUUUUUUUUGUUUUAAAAAAUAUGAAAAUCGUGAAUUUCAAAAACUUGUCAUAGAUUUUUUGUUCCUUUGUAUAUUUUAAAUAUUAUUUAUGUUUCCAAUUCCAUAAUUAAAGUUCAUGCUAUUAUUAUUAUUUUAUUUAAUAAUUAUUUAUUAUUAGAAUAAAUAGUAUUAUUAAUUACUACAAUAUUUAGAAAAUAAUAUAUACUGAAAAUUAUGUUUCAAAUUUUUCAUAUACUUUAUUUAUUUAUUUAAUGGUUAGCUUAAUGGUUUAUUUGGUUUUUUUGUUAAUUUUUAUUAUUUAUAUAUGUUUAUAUAUUCAAUUCUUUUAUUUAGAAUCCAUAUGCAACUUAUAUAUCAAAAAAAAUUUAAAGGUUAAUUCUAUGUUUGGAGGGAGUUAUGAGCCUAAAGCUCAUAAUUUCAACGGUUCUUGCAAAUAUGAUGGAGCUAAAUAUAAAACUACAAAAUCUUAGUAAGGUUUACCCAAUGUAUAUAUAUCUUAUUAAUUUGUUUAAUCAAUAUAUGUUGUGAUAUGUAUUAUAUUGGCUGAUUUAUGAAUUUUAUUUAUUCACUGUAUUAUAUGACUAAUCUAGAUAUUUCUGAAAGUAGUAGAGAAUUUUGAUGGUAUCUUGAAUGUAAAGUAUGAUAUCUGAUAAGAGUUUAAGUUUCCCACAUCUAAUCUGUUGAUUGUUAGGUGUUAUGUUUUAAUGCUUGUAUGACUAAGACAUGUGUAUAGAUAGAUAGACAAAAUUAGAUUGAUUAAUUCCUUUUUAGCCUGCUUAAGUAUCAAAUAUACUAAAAUAUCAGUUACCCAUAAAGCGGGUAACUUUAACACAAUAUAAUUUUUUUCUGACAUGAAACUGUGAUUUGUAUAUAUUUGUGAAAUUGAAUCAUGUAUACACAACUUUUGCCCUAAUUAAGUCAAUACUUUAAAUCUCACACCAUGGUACAUUCGUUGAUAGACACAAAACUUGUCCCAUCAUAGGUAGUUUAUUAAUUUCACCAUUCUUUUUGGGUUUUAAGCCAAUUCAAUCUAUAUAUUUUCUCUGUUGAUAAAAAACUAAUAUAUUUUCUCAGAAAACUUAUUGUAGAUUGGAAAGAAAAACACUGUUUAACUAAGCACGAAGCUAAUUGUAUAUACACGUUAGGAUAACAUGUGUGUGUGGGGGAGGGGUUUGUUUCCCAUGUUCAAAAGCUCGGCUGGAGCAGAGGAUUACGCGGCGGUGGAGUAUUUAACGGUGGCUCAUUGUGGCGAUUUAGCCAUAUUAUGUAAUCUAUAAACAUCUACUAAUUAAUUUGGAUUGGUUUAAAUUUUUAAAUUACAUGCACAAUCUUUGAUGCUAAUAUCACAUAUAUUAAUCAACUGACUACUAAAAAUUUAGUCUGUGUUGAAGGAAAAAUAGUUACUGUAAAUAUGAGUAGUUAGAAAAUGGAUUUUUUUUUUGUGAAAGAAAAAUAAAGGUUUUUAGAGAAAAUGUGCAGUAGUUUUAUUCUAAGAGCAAGAUGGGCAAAGAGAACGAAAUCUAGGAAAAUGGGAGGCAAAAUGGUUUUUAGUAUUGAUAACUCAAGUUCUUACAAGAAUUAGAAAAAAAAAAGAACAAAUACUAAACUAGUAUGUGAAGAAUUGUGUAAUCCCUAGUUUAAUAUUUAGUCUUUUUAAAAUAAUUUAAUUUUCAAUUAUUCCAGAAUUGACAUCAAAUUUGAUAACAUGAAUUUGACCGUGUCAUUCACAUCAUGUGGGUGUAAGUUCACUGUUUAGCUUUGGCAUGAAUCUUACACUUUCGUAAUUUUGAUUAUUUUACUCUUUUGUUUUUACUUUUGAUGUAUACUUUUUUUUGGUGUAAGCUUUUGAUCUAUACUUAUUAGACAUUAAUUUUUAAGCCACAAUUUACGUAUUAAAUGUCUGUUAGAAUUGACAUAUGUAACAUUGUAGUGAUCUUUCGAUCCGAAGCAUGUAAUUCUUUUUUCGUCAAAAAAACAUGUAAUUCUUUUGAAUAAGCUAAGUUGUGCUUUUAAUAGCAUUUGAGUUACCCCGUUGUAUGUGCGCAAAGACGUGUUAAAAAAGAAGCGUUGCUAAAUAAAGCUAUUGAUAGAGUUAUUUUUAAUUUAUUAAAAAACAGUACAAAGAAUAAUUGGCCGUUCAAUUCGAAAUUUUGAGAAUUAUUAAGAAAAAAAAGAAUCAUGUCAUUUGAGAAUUUAAGUUUUACCAUAGUAGUUAUUUGUAUGUCAUAUAUUAGACCAUUUCCAAUGGUGUUUAAUUUGUCAUUUUAUUUUGAAGAAAAUUUUGUUCUAAUAGUAUUUUUUCUUGUUUCUAAAUAAGGCAAUGAAUAUUAUUGUUUCAAAAUUGUAUAAAUAUUGUUUAUAUUUUCAUUUUACAAAGAUAAACUUUUUAAUUAUAAAUUGAUCUUUAUUUUUAUGUUUUGCAUAAAUAAAUUAUAUAUGUAAUGUCAUCAAAUUAAUUAUUAUGAUUUAAUUAUUAUUUUCAUUUAAUUGAUAACGCAUAAAAUAUUCGUUUCUACGAACUUUGGCUCGCUUUAAUUAGAAGAAUUAAGAUAGAAAAAUCUUAUUUCUCACUUUAAAAUGAUGUAGUUAAUCACGUAUAGGAAAUAUAUGUUUGUUGUUUUUCAUAAAAUCUAAUGUUCAUUUUAUUCCCUAUUUAUUAUGUUAGGGGUAAAUUUUUAAUUAUAUGAUAAUGUUAAAUGUAUAUCAAAUGGAAAUUGGGUUGGGUUUUUGUCAAAAAUGUUGAAAAACAUUAACAAAUAUGAGAAAUAUUAAAUUAUUAUUAUUUCAUAAAAGUUGGAAUUAUUAUUAAUAAUUAAUGAAAAAUUGAAAUAUAAUAUAUUUGAAAUAUAUUUUUUAGAAAGAGAAAAUAAAGUAAACUGUUAGAGAAAAUGAUAUUAUUUUCUUCAUUUGAAGAAUGUUAGUUUUAAAAAUAAUAACGCCAACCAUCGAUGAAAACACUUUAAAUUUAACAUCUCUCUUUUUUCAAAACAUUUUUGGUUAACAGAAAGAGAAAAGCUGUCCAUAUUUUAUUUUAUCUUAUUUUUUCACCUCACAAAACACAAGUGUUAAAUUUUCUAUUCUGCCUUCUCAAUUUGACAUUUUCACCAUAUUUGAUAAUAACCUUUCAAAACAGAAAAUAUUUGGCUUAUUAGAAAGUUAACAUAGUUAAAUUUCGUAUCAACAUCGUUAAGUUUUGUAUCAGUUAGUACAUGUCAGGUCAUGUCACAUCCGAUGUUAGAUCAAUCAAUCAAGUGUAACAUAGAAAUAAAUUUGUACAAGCUAGAAAAGAAAGGCUAGUAUAAAAAAGGCUAAAAAAAAAAAGAAAAGAAAAGAAAGGCUAGUAUAAUCUGCAAACCCGUAAAGUAACAAACAAUGCUUUAGAUGAGCUCUCACAUGUAAAGCAAUAUAUAUUUUGUAUGAAUGCAUACUUAACAUAUAACAUAUAUAAGCACAUACAUAUAUUUUAAUAUAAGAAAAAGGGAGGCUUGUGUGGAGAAAAAGGUCCUUUAAGAAGCAGAGAAGUCAGUGGGAGAAUCUGAUAAUGAAGAUUGUAUAUAAAGUGAAGAAGCUGGCAUGAAUUUGGUCAUAACUUCAUAGUUUCUUCCAAACAAAAAGAGAAACCGAACAGCAAGUGGGGAACCUCGAAGCUAGUUCAAACUAGUGGGAGGUUGAUCCACGUUCUAACUUCAAAUCAAAAUCCAAAUUUAAACACAAAUUUGAACGUUAAUUCAUCAUUUAGAAAUGGCUCGUGGAAAGAUUCAGCUGAAGAGGAUCGAGAAUCCAGUUCACAGGCAAGUGACUUUCUGCAAGAGGAGAACUGGUCUUCUCAAGAAGGCCAAGGAGCUCUCUGUGCUCUGCGACGCAGAGAUUGGUGUUGUGAUUUUCUCUCCUCAGGGAAAGCUGUUUGAGCUUGCAACUAAAGGAACAAUGGACGGGAUAAUUGAUAAGUACAUGAAGUGUACCGGUGGUGGUCGUGGUUCUUCUUCUGCUAUUUUUACUGCUCAAGAACAACUUCAGCCUCCAAAUCUUGAACCGAAAGAUGAGGUCAAUGUGCUUAAGAGAGAGAUUGAGAUGCUUCAGAAAGGAAUAAGGUAUAUGUUUGGAGGAGGAGAUGGGGCGAUGAAUCUUGAAGAACUUCUUCUUCUUGAGAAGCAUCUUGAGUAUUGGAUUUCUCAAAUCCGCUCGGCUAAGAUGGAGAUUAUGCUUCAAGAAAUUCAGUCCUUGAGGAACAAGGAAGGAGUCCUCAAAAAUGCCAACAAGUAUCUCCUCGAGAAGAUAGAGGAGAACAACAAUAGCAUAUUAGAUGCUAAAUUCACAACUGUGGAUACUAACUAUUCUUAUCCGCUAACCAUGCCAAGUGAAAUAUUUCAGUUCUAGACCAUAGAAUAUUUGAAAACUAUUCUUACGUAUUCAAAUAAAUCUUGGUAAGUAUAAUUAGUGUUGUUAAAUCACACAUAACUAUAAUAAAGCCUGUGAAACUUUUUAGGCUGUUGAAAAUUUGUUUGUAACUGUUUCCUCUUGUUUUUAAUUUGUUGGUGUGAACAAUGAAAUGACUACAAGUGUGGUGUGUACUUAAACUCUUUCUGUCUAUGUUUGGAAUUUAUGGAUUGUAUGGUUUGUGUUUAAAUGAGGAUACCUAGCUAGCCUCUUUUUCAGUGUA